AUGUUCGACUCGGAGACGUCGCAGAUGCUCACAGCGAGUAUCUUUGGUCUCAGCACGCUGCUGAGCUCGUAUCAGAUCUACAAUGUGGACAAGCGCGUCCAGGAGGACAACUUGCAACAUCUUGCUCUAUUUACGGAAUAUGGACGGAUGGCGCUGUUUGGAGAUGCCACGUCGUCGACGUCCCUGAGUGACAAACAGCAAGCGCUGCAACGUGCCGCGUCGCUAUCGGAUCGCAAUUUGGAAAAAUCGUCGUCCACAGUGAGUGACAAGGGCGAGGAGAAGAAGGAAGAGAACGACGACAAAGAAGACGAGGACGAUGCCAGUGUCCCGCAACGUCCUCGUCCGUUCCAACGUCUCGACUUUUUGGUGCGAGACUGGCAGGAUUUCUCUCGAAACCAGAGUCUGGCCGAGAAACGAGAAGAUAUGGAACAAUACAUGGUCGAGCUGCUGUCGUCCCGUAAACAAAAAGACCUGGCGGAUACCCGUGAACAGAUCAGCUCGUGCUUUGAGAAAGUGGCGUGUUUCCUGCUGCCCCACCCUGGCCACGCAGUGACCGAGCGCGAGUACGACGGAUCGGUCGAGGCCAUUGACAGCCGCUUCUUGGAGCUGCUGACCGCCUACCUGGACGAUCUCUUCGACCCGGUUAACUUGUUCCCCAAGAAGAUCCACGGGGUCGCGGUGACCUCGCGGGAGCUCUACACGUAUAUUAAGACGUACGCUGGACUCUUCCGUGAAGCCUCCAUUUUCCCCGAGGCCAAGACGUUGCUGGAAGCCACAGCUGAAGCCAACAACGUCAACCAACGAGACAAGGCUCUGCUCAGGUACAAGCGAGAGAUGGAGACGAUUGCGGGCUCCAAGUGUCAGUACGUGCCCGUACAGCAGCUGGAGGCGCACCACAAGGCCUGCUUGCAAGGAGCCAUGGACGUCUUUGACGAUGGGGCUCGUAUGGGUCGACGUAGUGAGAUCCUGCGCUAUCGCCAUGAAGUUGCCGAGCAGAUUGAGAAGGAACGUCACCGUUAUCUGGAGAUUAAUGCCGAGCGCGACCCGUACAAGAACCUGGAGUUCUAUUUGAUCCCUGGCUGCCUGGCACUGGCGUUGCUCGUGUUCCGCAUCUCGCAAGACUUGUUCUGCUACGAGAGCAUCGGAUACGAUAUCCCACUCUACGACUGCAAGUACUGA